UGGCAACUACCUGGCAACUCGCUCCCUCUCUUUAUUUUUUCUCCAUCAUUCUCACAUGAAAUGAUAGCCGUUUCGUUUUUUCUCACUUCUUUCCCCCAAAUUUCCUUUUCUUCUUCUACUCCCAAAUUCUUCAAUCACUCUGUCAUUUUCCCUCCCCCAAGACUACUGUUGCAGUCAAAUUUCCUAAACCCUAGCAAAAUAUUUCUUAUGUCCGCUACCCAACAAAAUCUUGAUCCAUUGUAUUCGCUAGUGUUUGCAUUUUGCUUGUAGCGGUGGCCUAAUGAGUGACUCUCGCUCUUCCUCCUCGUCUUCUUCCUCCUAUGACUCCGCCGUCGGACCUUCGGAAGCGAAUAUUGUCGGGAGUCAUUCGUCUUCUCAGGGAAUCUCUCCAAUGGUGUCUCGUCACUGGCGGGAUGUAUUCUGGUUGCUCAUAUUUUUGGCACAUUUGAUUGUGGUAGGUUUUGUUCUUGGGGUUUUUGGGCUAAAUAGGUUUAAGCAACCAGAUAGGUUGAACAUUGAUAGGUAUACAAUGGGGUUUCUUGAGAACAAGGAUGGUUUAACUGAAGACUACUGGCCAUUGUAUGCUGUCGCCAGUGGAGUUGGAGCAGUUCUGGGUUGGACUUGGUUGUUGUUGCUGGGUUCACGGGCAAAUCAAAUGAUGAAGUUCUCAGUUCACAUUUUGACUACAUAUCUUGCUGUCAUCAGUGUGCUGUGUUUUUGGGUCGAGCAGUUUUUCUGGGGUGUUGCAUUUGCUAUAGGUGCUGCAUUGCAAUUCUUGUAUGUUAUAUCUGUCAUCGACAGGCUUCCGUUUACUAUGCUGGUGCUACAAAGAGCAGUGAAGAUGGUAUGGAACCUUCCCGAGGUCAGAAGAGUGGCUUGCAUUUUUAUGCUAGUAAUGCUUUUAUGGCUAGCUCUGUGGUCUUUCGGUGCUGCUGGGGUUGUGGCUUUAGGCAUUGGUGAUGGUGGUCGCUGGUGGCUUCUUGUGGUGCUUUGUGUGAGCUUGUUUUGGACUGGUGCAGUUCUCUGUAAUGUGGUGCAUGUUGUAGUUUCGGGUAUGGUUUUUCUUGUCCUUAUUCAUGGUGGUCGAGAAGCAACAUCAAUGCCUCCCAAACCAGUGAUGAGUUCCUUGCAAUACGCCAUGACUACAUCUUUUGGCAGCAUAUGCUAUGGAUCACUUUUUACAGCUGCUAUACGAACACUACGGUGGGAGAUUAGGGGAUUAAGGUCAAAGAUUGGCAGCAACGAGUGUCUGCUCUGUUGUGUUGAUUUUCUGUUUCAUCUAGUAGAGUUUUUGGUUCGCUGGUUCAACAAGUAUGCUUAUGUGCAGAUUGCUGUCUAUGGAAAAAGCUUUAAUCAUUCAGCAAAAGAUGCCUGGGAGUUAUUCCAAUCAACAGGUGUUGAAGCACUGAUAGCAUAUGACUGUUCAGGUGCUGUGUUAUUCAUGGGCACACUCUUGGGUGGACUCAUAGCUGGAACAUGUGCUGCAAUUUGGACCAGGAUCAAGCAUCCUGAGAGGAUAGUAAUGGUCGGUUCUACUGCCAUGUUGAUGGGAAUGAUCUUGGUUGGGCUAGCAAUGGUAGUUGUGGAGAGUGCGGUGACAUCUAUAUACAUUUGUUACGCAGAAGACCCCUCCUUAAUAAACAGGUGGGAUUCCGCAUUCUUCGCCCAGCUAUCGGAAAAACUACACCAACGCCUACAGCACAGAAGCGCUCGGGCCAGAGAAGUAUUGACCCAUAGAGUAGAUGAACAGGUACAAACAGCAGUCUAAACCAUGUAGAAGAUGCAUAAUGUAACUUGUUUUGUACAUUUUCUCCUAUUUUGCUUCUUUUUUUUAACCACUCUGUAUCCAGUCAGUCCUCUUCUACAUAGAAUUAAUUCCCAAGUUCAGAUAUUAAUGAUUGAGGCCCACAAAUAUUGUACA